AUAUAUAUAUAUAUAUAGGUUAUAAACCAUUUUCAUAUGUUUUAAUUUCAUAUAUUAAUUGAUGAUAAUACAUGUAGUAAGAUGAUCAGAUUUUGUUUUCCAUGUGUUUGAAAAUAAAAAUCAGUAUGGAGUAUGGACCAUUGAUCUGAAUAUCUGACAGUCAAUGGUUUUAAAGGUGGAGUAGUAUUUUUAUUGCGCAUCAGUAUUAGGUUUAAUUAUAUACUACUUAUCAAAUAGGCUGUUGGAUUUCAAGAAUGGGAGUGAUUUUGCAGUGCCUUUUGUGUUGUAUUUCUGCUGGUUGAUGCUAUGUUUCAGAGCAUGGUGUAUUGGGUGAUUGUAUUUGGAGCACUGGCUGAUGAUACUGAGAUUCUUAGCAGGUUCACGGGGUUCUACAAGGGCGUGCAGAGCGUAGGGGCGGCUGUGGCUUGGCAGAUCGACUCACAUAACGUGGCAUUUGUGAACGAGCUGGCAGCUAACUGGGGGCUGAUGACGAUAAGUUAUCCGUUGUUGGUUUUGUUGAUCAUGAAGGCUGUGAAAGACGAUGAUUAUAGUGGUGAUGUAGAUGAAGGAAAAUCGAAGGGAGGGACGGUUAUCCCCGGGAUACAUUGAUGUUUUUGUGUGUUGGGAUUGAAUAUUUUGCAUAUAGGGUUAUUGAUUAAGAAAGGUACUUGUUCAUUCUUAAGGAACACCGAUGUGUUACUUGUUAUGUAGUAGUAAUUGUUUUAUAGCUCCUACUGUAGUUAGUUUUCCUUGCUGUUGUUGUCUUUGUCAGAUUUCUUGUCGUGUUACAGUCUCGUUGUCUCUUCUCUCCUAUUAGUAUUAACACCGUGUUUGAUGAUUUGAUCUCCCUUUUAUU